GAUUUAAGCGGCAAUUGGAGGCUAAGCACGUUGUGCGGUUACACGCGGCUCCUAAAGCGGCGCAGCAAAAGUGUGUGUCGAGUUGGUGUUCACCAGUAAGUGGACCCAUCGAGUCCCGAUCCCAGCCCCAGCUGGCCAGCAUCUGACCAGUCUGUGUGUGUCGUGCCCCUCGAGUAAGUGAAGUGAGUGUGAGAUUCGAAACAGUAGCCAGUAACAACCAUGGACGACCAAGCAGGCGCUCUCCUUCAAGACUUAAUGUCGACGGACAACGAGACUCGAGAGAAAGCCGAAAGACAAUUCGACAAUAUCCAACCACCACAGAAGCUUCUGUUUCUUCUGUCGUGCUAUUCGCUACCGGGUCAGACGGGUGAUCAGCGUCUGUUGUCAAUGAUCUUGCUACGACGGUUGAUAACGUCAGAGUUCGGCAAGUUUUAUCCGGCGUUGCCACCUGAACAUCAACAACAACUAAAGGAACAUCUACUCAACAGUAUUCAGGCUGAAAUCACUCCUCAAGUGCGUAACCGUAUCUGUGAAUGUGCGGCUGAGCUGGCGCGCAAACUUGCCGAUGAAGAACUGAACGUGCCUUGGCCUGAGCUGCAGGAACGGUUAGUACAAUGGGCUUCCAACCCGAAUGAGGCCUGGAGACAUGCAGCACUUCACAUUUUCGCCGAUUUUCCCCAUGUGUUUGGGGCCGGCAACCCAGCCAGCUUGGAACUUAUCAAAAGCAUGCUCCAUGCCAGCCUACAAGCACAGGAUUCAAUGCGAGUUAGGACCGAAGCAGCAAAAGCAAUGUCCUCUUUGCUCAAAAGUCCUAUCAUGGCUACUCCUGACAGACAGGCAGCAUUCGUCGAUCUAAUCCCGCUCAUUAUUAAACUACUGGCCGAUCAGAAGAAUCAAGAUGUUGACAUUACAGUGCUGGAGUCUGUCAUUGAAAUCAGCGAAAACUGCCCCAAGAUAAUGCGACCUCAUCUUGUCGAGCUACUUGACGUCGUGCUAGCUUAUUUACAAGACGGUAAUACACUUGAAAGCCGGCGGGUUCUCUGUCUUGAGGUGGUGGUUACUUUAUGCGAGCGUGCUCCGGCUAUGAUGCGUAGGUUAGGCCAACGGCACAUUGAUGCGUUACUGCCGAUCAUAUUGAAAAUGAUGGCCACCAUUGAGGAAGAUCCCACCUGGGACACGAACGACAAUGCCGAUCAAGAUGAGUUUGAGAGUGAUACAACUUCUACAAUGGGCGAAAGCUCGCUCGAUCGUUUAGCUAUCGCACUAGGAGGUAAACAACUAUUGCCAACAGCAAUGACAGUUCUGACUCCGAUGCUGAAUUCUGCGAACUGGAUGGAGCGACAUGCUGCGCUCAUGGCCAUUUCGGCUAUGGGCGAAGGAUGCAUGAAACAUAUGAUGCCGAUGCUCGACCAGAUUGUUGACGGAGUGCUGAAUUUUCUAGGUGACUCGCACCCCCGUGUUCGUUACGCCGCUAUUAAUGGCCUGGGGCAGAUGGCGAAUGAUUUCUCACCUACGUUUGAGAAGAAGUUUCACGCUACUGUUUUGCCACGUCUAUGCGAGAUUCUAGCUGACAACAGUCACCCGCGAGUGCAAGCACACGCUGGAGCCGCGCUUGUAAACUUUUUCGAGGAAUGUCCAAAAAGGAUAAUGGUGCAGUACUUAAACGUAAUCGCUCCACCUCUUGCUUCAAUUCUGCAGAACAAAAUGAGCGAAUUGGUGACGCGCGGUGUGAAACGCGUCUUGGAGCAAGUUCUUGUUACGACAUCCGCACUGGCUGACACUUGCUCAAGCGAUUUUUCACCAUACUACGACAGUUUUGUACCAUCGAUUAAAUACAUUAUCGAAAAUGCCAACUCAACCGAGCUUGAACUACUGCGGGGCAAGGCUAUCGAGUGUAUUUCGCUUAUCGGGUCAGCUGUGGGCAAGGAACGUUUUGCGCCCGAGGCCAGCGGUGUAAUGGAUUUGCUGUUGCAAAGUCAAGUAACAAAUACACUUUCCGAGGAUUCACAGAUUCUCUCGUACAUGAUUUAUGGCUGGAUGCGACUCUGUAAGCUUCUUGGCAAGGAUUUCGAAAAAUAUCUGCCAUUCGUGAUGCCCUCUGUAAUGAAAACAGCUGCGCUAGAUCCUCAAACGGCGGUACUGGAUGAAGAUGAAGUGCCUGCAGAGACAAAUGGUGAGGAGUGGACCUACGUGCCCUGCGAUGAUCAUAAGUCGUUUGGCAUUCGCACGGUUGGUUUGGAAGAAAAAGCAACCGCGUUCGAGAUGCUACUUUGCUAUGCAAAGGAACUGAAGGAGGGCUUCGGCCCGUACGUUGUUGACGUUCUAAAGAUUACAUUGCCCACCCUCAAGUUUUAUUUCCAUGAAGGGGUUCGCAUUUCAGCCGCAGGUUGUGUACCGGAACUACUGAAGUGUGCUAAAGUCAAUAACAUGAACGUAUUAGCAAUGUGGCGGCAAGCGGCACCCCAUAUACUCUCGGCGUUGGAAAGGGAACACGAUAUGGAGGUGAUGCCAGAACUAAUAGAGUGUCUGGCACAUUGCGUCGGCGUGGUCGGACGACCAGGCCUUAAUGAGGAGAUUGUCAAGGAAACGAUGGAUCACGUGAUGAAAUUCUUGCAACAGCACUACGAACGUAGCCAAGAACGAAACGAACGACGGAAAGACGAGGACUAUGAUGAUGACGUUGAAGACCAGUUAUUGAUGGAAGGCGAAGCGGACAGCUACAUCCUUACACGAAUCGAGGAGCUAAUUCGGCAGCUCUGCAAGGCCAUUGGUGUUACAAUAGUACCUUACCUUGAUCCGGUGGUGCCAUUGUUUGAGCGUCUUAUACAACCCGACCGUCCGAUUGUCGAGAUUCAGUGGGCUAUUUGCUUCUAUGACGAUAUCGCAGAGUGUGUAGGCGAAUUGGCAGCAGUCCGCUACAAGGAUAUUUUCGUGCCCAAACUUAUUGAGUAUAUUACACAUCAGUCACCUGAGAUUCGCCAAGCAUCUAGUUACGGAAUCGGUAUCAUAGCGAAGUAUGGCGGAGAACAAUUGACACCGUUUUUGACGCAAGCAUUGCCACGUCUCGUCGAAGUUAUUACACGGGCGGACAGUCGAGCAGCUGCGAAUGUGUGUGCUACGGAAAACGCCAUAUCGGCUGUGGCGAAGGUUAUUAUGCAUCGACCAGCAGCUGUUUCGAAUAUGGAUGAACUAAUCAGCGCGUACGUUAGAUGGCUACCUAUUACCGAAGAUGUGGAAGAAAUUUCCCCGUGUUUCGAACUCGUCUGUGUUUUGAUGGAGCAGAACAACCAGGCACUGCUGGGAGCGAACAACGAAAAUCUGCCUCAUAUUGUCAUGUGUAUGGCUGAAGUGUUUGCGUCCAAAUCGCUCGCGAAAGACACUCCUGUCGCUCAGAGGUGUGUUGUUUUACUCAAAGCGAUCCAGGCUAAUCAGGAAAUGUUUCAGGCGUGCCUCGUGCAGUUGACCCCUCACCAGCAGGAGGGAUUACAGUAUGCAUUGUCGUAGGGACGGUGCUUUCCAAUUUGUUCAUACAAACACCUCAGACACGUAAUUUCCCAAGAUCAGCAAGAAAGAGUUUAGAAACCGAAAAGAAAUAGGAAAGUCGAUAAAGCAUGGCGUUGCAGAUAUGCUACGAUAGACAUGGUCAUGUAGACAUAUAACGAACCUGGAAAAUAAAACCUAAUAAAUAAAAGAACGAAUCGAUUUACCGAUCACACGGAGAACUUGCUGGCCAAGAAAGGGAUCCUUAAGACGUUCCUUGUACCCUUGUGGAAAUAUAACGAUGAGUAGAUGAGUGUCGACAAAGGUGUACUGUGUAGCCUCCACGGAAGAAGCUGUUAUAUUCCGUAGCUGUGAAUGAUUAAUUGGUAGACUGGUACGUUAACUAAUUGUCUGUCUAUACGGUUAGCAACGAAAGGAGAAGCAAUUCGAAAGCAACGUGACAUAGAUCUGAAUAAAAGUUGUGGGCUAUAUUUAUACAUGCAUAUUAUGUAGUAUGGGAGAUACCCAGAACUGCAGCAGAUACCCAGAACUGCGGCAGCCUGAGCUGAAGGACGCAUUGUUACCGAAAGAAAUAAACAGGGGGUAUAAUAAUCAGUAGUAAUCAUGAGAAUGGUGUAAGCCGUUUUCGGGGUUGGGAGUUCCGUAUAGUAGACGGCUUGACGGCUUACUUUGAUGGUUGUUGCCACAUAUGAGGCAAAAACAGUAAAUUACACGUUGUACAUUUAAUUCCUCUUUUUAUUGAAGAAUUAAAAACGGAAGUUUAUAAAAUGUGUUUUUCAUGUAUCUAUUAAUGUGUCAGGUGUGUCGUGCACGCUUCUGUAGUUUUACGGGAAAUUGUUCCAAUACGAGGCAGUUUAUAACUCAGUUCCAACACGAGACAGUUUAUUACUCAACUCUAACUGUGGAGGAAAAUGCUUGUUUUUUAACACUAGUCUAUUUUGCCAACCCUAAAUAUCUUAUCUUCCGUUGUUACAAAAUGAAAACUGAAUAAAAAUCUGUUGCAUGAAGGCAUAAGCGAAAGCAGCGAUCUGAAGAACAUGAAUCAAGAGUAGCAUUAUUACAAAGAUACUAGCAGUUAAAGUAAUCAAUCUAUAUAAUAAGGAGAGACCACUUGUCAUGUAAGUAGAAGGUUGCGGAAGAAUAUUUCAUUGCAAUUAAGUAUAGGAAAAACAAUCGAUUUAUCCUAUUAGCUUGUGAUUUCUAGUGUACUUAUUUUUGAAAGAUCACUAUCAGUCAUUAAUGAAAUCUGUGAUUGAGAAAAUACCAAAGCACCUGCAUUUCGCUAUAAGAAGUACAGGUACCUCUGUUUAAAAGCGUGUUUCGGCAAGGACGUCUAGAAAUUGAUCGAGUCAUAACAUCGAUAAAUAUGCGUAGAUACUCAACUUAUGAAUAUACAUUUUUUGGAACACCACUUCGUCAUUUCAAGUCGUAGAACUAGGCCAAUUUUGCACUUCGGGUGGUAUAUUUUUAUACGCUUCUAUAAUGUAACAUCACAACUCUUUUCACAAUAACUGUCGGUCGUCAACUUGUGUUGACGAUUAAGUCUGUCGGCCAUAGGCUAAUGUCUCUGGUACAUGCGUGAGUUAAACCGAUAAUAGAUUUGCGUAUGACAAAAUUUUAUCUCACGAAAUGUAGUUGAGCUUGCAUAACUAUCCCUUAGGUAUAUGUAAUGAAUGAUCGUUAGAAACGUCCAACAAGCCCAAGAAAUGGAUUUUCACCCCAUUGCUGAACGGACAAACAGAUAUCGCCAGCG